CUGUAUUGCUUUGGUGCUAUGGUAAUGCAUAGUUCAUGCUGAUAAAGUCACUUGAAUUGAUCAUAAGCUAAACUCCAACUCGCACAUCACUGUCACGUGAAGUUACAAAACCACACCAAGCCCGGGACUGGUGGGGUUUGCAUCAGAACAAGCGAAUAGUUAACAGCGAGGGACUAUCUACAAUUUAUUGUCCUCUGUAGCAAAUGAUAUAAUUGUCCAGAGAUACUGUACGUUGCAUCAUUCUAACAAGUGCUCAAAACAGAUGAACGCGCCAUGGCACAAACAGCGUGUCGUUUUCUGCUGUUUAUCAUGCAAGUCUUUUUUUAGAUUACAAAUCAAUUGGCUUGGAUGAUUAGCUGCAAUUCGAACAAUUAAGCUUCCUUGAACUUGCUAUUUUAAUACAGGGCAGGGCAGGGGAGGAGUUACAGUGCUCCACUACAACUGGCAAAUAGCAACUGGCGGAGGCAGUGGUUUUCGGCUGAAAAAAUGCUGUCCAGAAUCCCUAUUUCUACGGGAAUCACUGCCCAGAGGAUAAGCAAACUCAUCACGUUUUAUAAGAACGAGUCCAAGGUGGCCUCUUCGCUCUCACAGGCUGGCCACAAGCCUGUUAUGUUGCUGCUUCCCUGGCUGGGGUCCCGCCCUCAGGCGGUGGCCAAGUACUGCGAGAUCUACUUCAGGACAGGCUUGGACGUCCUGGUUGUGGAAAGUGAUGUCACCCAGUUUCUCUGGCCACGACGGGGGCUGGACCACGGUGCAAAGGUACUGGAGCUGCUACAGACGGACACGUUUAACUCCCGCCCACUGCUGGUUCACGGCUUUUCCAUCGGAGGCUAUACUUUUGCUCAGAUAAUGGUCCACGUCACCAGGAAUGCGCAGCAGCACCAGAGCUUGACGAAUAGGAUCAGAGGUCAGAUCUUCGACAGCCUAGUGGUGGGUUCUGUGGAGCACAUGGCAUCAGGAGUUGGAAGGAGCAUGUUUCCACGAUUUGAAGGGCUGGUGCAGAAAGUCAGUCUUCUUUAUUUUAGUCUCUUUAAGAAGUAUACAGUUGAUUACUACAAUCGUGCCAUAGACGUCUUCUGGAACAAUCCAGUAAGAGCUCCAGCUUUAUUUUUCUACUGUGACAAUGAUCCGCUCAGUGACUGUGAAGAAGUAGAGAGAGUCACUCGGCAUUGGGAGAAACUUGGCAUUCCUGUCAGGACGAUGCGCUGGAAAGAGUCAGUACACGCUGGGCACCUGAAACAGCACCCACAGGAUUACCUGAUGGCCCUCGACAGCUUUCUACAGUCUCUUAGUGUGAUCCCUUUGAAAGCUAAAAUCUGAAAAUGCAAAGCAGCUUCAAAUUCAUUGUAAACACGUUUCUAAUAAAUCAUUGUAAUCUAUAUCAAA